GUACAGGAUGUGUGUAUCGCCCAGUAUCACUUGCGGAAAUAAAAAGAAAAGUGCGCAAGUUUAGGCAGCUUCGAAGUCAAAGCGUCUACAUUUUAGAUGUAACAAUGUAUCCCGUUCAAAGCAUGCGUAGGUUUGUCUGUGAUCGACUAACAGCGGCUGCCCAAGAAAUACUGGGAGCGUUUGAAAAGAGAGUAGAAGAGUACGAGUCAGAAAUCGCACGUCAACGCAGACUGCUGGAUACGGUGUUCACACCGGAGAUUAAGUUGCAGGAUAAAGUUCACAGAUUAAUGAUUUGAUCAAGUCCACAGGAUCAGACGAGGAGAUAAAUAACUUUUGAUGUGCCAAAUAAUGUCUUUAGAUCUUGCAAAGACUUCUUUGAGUCAGCAGCAGAGUAACAGUGAGAGUGACUCCACUGUUCAGCCUGAUAUUACACGGAUUAAAGAUGAGCAUGAGGAAAUGUGCAUCAGUCAGGAACGACAGCAGCUCACACAGCAGCAGGCGCCUGCUGCUUCUAAGGUGACUCCAGCUUCAACUGAUCAAAGUGCCCGCAGUGAUCAGUCUCAGCCUUCAGGUCCUGACCAAACGAAUCCUGCAGCAAGUAAUGAUCCCAAACCCAGAGUCUCUAAUGAAGAUGAACGUGACAGAGAGAGUUCUCCAGUACCACCUCCAGAUGAUGACAACCACUUCUUCUGUCACAACUCGGAUGAAGGGGAGAGUCAAGCUGACAUAACUUGUAACUAUGGAAGUGAAACACCAACAAGAGGCGAUACGGACACAUCAUCAGCUAUUACAGCAGCGCAGCCGUUAGAUAAGGAAAACAAUGAUGUGGGCAGCACAGCAAACAGUGGUACAGAGGAAGGACAGGUGUGUACCAAUGAGAGCAAUGAGCCAGCAUCAGAUGGAAGAUGUAACAUUGAAAACAUAUCAUCAACCAGUAAUUCUGAGUUAACACCUACUGUAAGAUGUAAUAGUGAGACCACAUCAGCUAUGAGUACUGAGCCAACACAGAACAAGAAACGUAUAGAUGGGAAUGAAACGUCAACCGCAACUGCUGGCCUAACGAGUAACACAAAACAAAGUGGUGACUACACAACAUCUACAAAAAGCACUGAACAAACACUAACAAAGAGCCCAACAGAAACUAGAUGCCCCGAUGUAACACCACAUGAGAAACGCGAUCAAACGAGCCCUCCGGUAGGGAACGGUGAACCAGCACCAAAUAAGUCAAGUCAAGAUGGGGGACCAAACUCAACUGUCAGCCUAUAUGAAAAAAGCAGUGAUAAGAAAACAUCAGCUACAAGUGAUGAGCAUGCAUCUAGAAAGAAACGUAGCGAUGAGAAGAAGAAACCAAGCAGAAGUACUGAUUUAGCUGCAAGUAGGAAACCCAGAGAUGGAAAAAUGUCAUCAAGUACAACUCCUCAGUUAAUGCCAAAUGAGAAGCAUAAAGACUGGGACACAAACGAUGACACUGAGCCUUCACCAGACUUUACAUGUCACGACAUAUCAAUGGAAAAUACUGAGCCAAUUCAAAAUAAGACUAGUGACCAUGAACAGGUAGCAUCAAAUGGAAGUCCAGAUCAGGCAGAAAACGGCCAAUCCACUGAGGGGAACACAUCCUCAAUUUCAAGUUCUGAGCUAGCACAAAAGAAGCAGAGUGAAGGAAAACUAGCUUCACAAAAUAAGAAUUCUAACAGUGACGAAGCUACAUUGGCUGAAAGUACCGAAACAACGCCAAAUAAGAUGCCUGGUGAUGAGACUACAAGUACUACGUCAACCUCAAGUAGGAAACAUACACAUCAGAGAACAUCAUCAACCAGAAGCCGGGAUUUAACAAAACACAAGAAGCAUAGACAUAGAGACACAAAGUCUUUAAGUAGUAAGGAAGCAGGACUGCUUAAAAGACAAAAUGAUGGGAGCGCAACAUCAGGAGGAAGCACCAACCCAACACAAAGGAAAAGACAUAAGGAUCAGAGUGGGGAAUCCACCCAAACUACAGAGGGAAGACACAGUGAGAAAAACAACAAUGGGAGCAAAACAUCAAGUGGAAGUACUGAUCCAACUCAAAAGAAGAGACAUAGGGAAAGUGAAAAACGCUUAAAAGCAUCAAAUGAGAGUGAUGGUGGUAAUGCCAAAGAUGAGGAAAAUCCUUACAAGUGUGACCGGUGUGGCAAAGUGAUGUCCAAUUUCAAAAACUACAAAUUUCAUAUGAAGAGCCACACAGUUGAGAAGACGUUCAAAUGUGAGACUUGUGGCAAGAUGUUCCGGGAAAGUUGGGAUUUAAAUAAACAUUUAGUGAUUCAUUCAGCCGAGAAGCCCUUCAAGUGCGACGUCUGUGGAAACGGGUUCAACCGACGUUAUAAUCUCGACCUGCACGUCAGGGUUCACACUGGGGAAAAGCCCUACAAAUGCAGCACCUGCGGGAAAAGCUUCAGCUCCUGUGUGAACAUGAAGAAGCACAUGAGAAUCCACACCGGUGAGAAGCCUUACACUUGCAACGAGUGCGGUAAAGAGUUUGCGGAUUCUUCUGCUUUCAAGAAUCAUUUGCGAGUGCACACGGGGGAAAGGCCCUUCAAGUGUACCUACUGCAAGAAAAAAUUUGCUACCAACACGACUUUGAAAAGGCACACCAGAACACAUACAGGUGAAAAACCAUAUAAAUGCACCGUAUGUGAUAAGGUGUUCGGUCACAAAACCGACCUGAAAGGACACAUGAGGAUGCACACUGGCGAGAAGCCCUACAAAUGCACUAGUUGUGGGGAACAGUUCUCCACCUGGUUAAAACUUCAUAAGCAUAAACAGCGUGCACAUGCAAGCGAAUCAGAAAAACCCGCCGAAUAACUGGUCCGUAUGCGGUACGUCUUACCAAAUGAAUUAACUUGUUUUUGCUUUUCUUCUUUUUUUGUGAUUUACUUCAUAGUUUUGAAUUUUUUGGACAUUCCGGGUGUUGAGGUCAAACAGGGUUCUAGUGAGAGGUUAAAAAUCAAUUCAGGAAGGUCAGUUUGAGGAAAAGAUCUGCAAAGAGCUAUGCUUUUCAAGGCUUACCAGCAAAUACUGGAAAUACUACAGGAAGCUUUACACUCUCACACUGAUGACAGUUUGUUAUUUGUGACAAAAAGAUUGUAUGUUUUCCCUUUCCUUCUUGGCUUACACUUUUCUGUUAGAAGUCGAUGUGAGAGCUUUUUUUUCUUUCCAUUCUGUGUUAUUUUUGUCUGCAUUUCUCAGAGCAGGUUGCACUUUUGCACUAUGUCAUUCUAAAUACGGCCUUAACCCAGGCUAGUCUUAUUAUGGCAACUCAAAAAGAAAAUUCUGUAUCAGAACUGUUAACCCCUAAAAUGCUGGCUUUACCUGGACCAUUUUGCACUGGACAUCAUUGUCGUUUAUUCCUCACAGAAAUUUUUGAUGGCUGGACUUUUCCAUCUUUCCGGGUUGUUGGCAGUUUCCAUUUUUGUGCAAUGGUGGCUGCAAACUGCUUGCAGGUGCAUUACCACCACCUUCUGGGAGUAAAAGCACAUUACAUCCUGUGACUGAUUUUAAAAACGGGAAACUAUAUAUUUCAGGACAAAAACCAUAGUCACUCAGUUUUAUUUUUAUAGCAAAUGUUAAAUUAUUUGAUAAACAUGACUAUUAAUUACUAAAUGCAAUGUAAAUAUUAUAUAAGAUCCAACUCUGCAGGGAAAGCUGACACCUCUUGGUAUUUCCUAUAAAAAGCUGUUGCAUUUUUUUAAGGUUUUCUAUGAUAGUGAACUUUUAAGUAUUUAUAAUUCUGUACCAUUUUUUUCCCCAAUUGGGAAAAAUCCAUCUCAUUUGCUCUUGCUUAAGCAAAUGCUUUGGUUUUUGGAUUGUUUUUACAUCUGUAAAUAUUCUUGAUAAAAAAAUCUGGGAAUUACAUCAGACAGAUCAUAGACAACAAAGUCAGAUGAAUCAAAAGCCAGUGGUUGUGACUUUUGAAGAGCUUUACCGUUGUUUAAAUACAAUACACAGAAGUGCUUCUUGCCACAAGAAUGCCUUCAAUGCCUCAAUGUGUUAAUAAGGUGUUGUAUUAGAACAGCAAGCAAAAGGAACACAGUGUGUUUGUUUUUGGGGGUUUUUUUUGCCUUGUUGGUAAUGGUUUUAUUUGAAUUUUUUUUUCAGUGUUUUUUCCAUUUUUGUUAUCAGAUCAUAGACUUGUAAAACAGUCGGUGAAUGUCUUAUUAAUGGGUUUACAAUAAA